UCUACUCAACCCCCAUUGUCAAAUAUUUUGUAGGAUCUGCUUUAAAAUUACUAAUCAUAUAUUUUAAACGAUUCGUUUCUAUUAAAAAUCUUAAUUUGAAAAAAGGAACAAAAAAUAAAGGUAAAUCAGCAAGAUGAAGAUGCAGGAUGAUAUCGAACCAUAUGUGCCUCGAGCCCCAAAGCAUCAUGCACUCUUCGGUGAAGGUUAUGUGCGGAAUCACUUUUUCAUCGAUUCGAAAUGGACACCUAGCAGUAGAGUGGCUCAAUAUCGAUGUAUGGUGGAUGUUUUAGAAAAACACAAAGCUUUUAACUUUGCACAAGGUGUAGGCAAUCGACGAAAGCAGGCCAAAGCGCUCAAUUCGCUCAAGAAAGAAUGCAGCGAUGGUCGCACCAAACUCAAGACAGCACUCUAUGGAGAUGCUCAACGUAUAAGAAACCUUUUGCGUAAACACAAAGAAUUAAGACGACUCUACCAGAAUAUGCCGAUUCAGAUGAUCGCGGAAAAUAUCAAUCAAAGAACCUUUGUAAAAAGAAAGGAACUUGAUCGUCUCACCUACAAGAAGAACCAAAUGUCAAAAAAAUACGAGGGAACUCUGUUAGAGCUUUCAAAACUUCAAGAUCGAGUCAAAUACCAAAAUGAAUUUACUCUGCCAGAAGAAAUUGUUGCCAAAGAAUUUCACAUGGAGUUGAAAAAUUCCCAAACUAGACUCAGGGCUUUAAAAACUGUUACAAGAGCAUAUAGUACGAUUCGACAUGCACUUUAUCAGGAUGCAAUCUACUAUGGACCAGCUCUAUCUUCCCUUCAAGAUGAUAUUAAUGAGCAAGCCAACUUCAUUAAGCAAGUUAUCCAUUUGGGACGUCCUGCUCUGGGAAAAAUUGCAAAUCUUGUUACAGAAUAUGAUAUCUUAGAGGAACAAACAAGAAAGACAAUGCAAGAAAGGCUGCUGACACUGUUGGCAGCGCGCCAAAAAUCAGCCUCCAGUGGAUCUGAGUUGAAGAAACUUGUGCGAAAAGAUAGCGAUUUUGAAAUUUUCCCCAAUCGUUAUGAUCGCGAGACACCCAGUAUGACAAGUUUAAAAAAGAACCUGGAGGACAUAGAGAAGGUUAUGAAGCAAGUGAAGCAAGUUACACUUUGUGCUAGGGCAAGAGAAGUGUAUCCAAGGAUGAAGAAACAAAUACGAGACAAUGAACAAUUAGAGAAGAAGGUGGAAAGGAAGCAAUUAGAAAAGGAUUUCGUUCAGGAUAAAGACAAACGGGCCGAAUUGUUAAUAGAGUCUUUGAAAUAUAAUGUCACGGAGGAGUCAAAUGCGAGAAAGGAUCGCAUUAAGGAGUUACAUGAACUCAUUCUUGAGCAGAAGAAGUCUCAUGACGAUAUGGUUAAGCAUACGAAAGAAAGGGGCGAAGUAAUGUGUUAUUUGCAAUAUUCAAUCUACCAGAUCGUUGACGGACUAAGACAUGUUUCCGAGUCAUUGGGCACAACAAGGCGAGAAUAUCCUAACGCAGACUUGAGGCUUCCACUUCUACAGUUUUCCGCCUACACUCCAAAAGCAUUCCCGCCUAGUCCAUUCGAAAAGAAUCCUGAGAAACUCCUUCGAGGUAUCAAAGAUAGAGUCCAAUUACUGAUGAACGUUUACAGGCAAAAGAAAAAUGACCAGGAAAUCAUUGAAGCUAACAAGGAAUAUCAUAAAUCCUAUCUUCGUAGUUUACUUCUCGUUGCAGCUCCUGAGGAGAAGAGUAUGGAGGCAUUACCACUGAUUGAAGAAGAGGAAAGAGGUGAUCCGAGUGUCCCUACAAGAAAACAAAUUAAGGCAAUGAGUGAAAAAAUUGUCGAGGAAAAAAUGAAGCAGGAGGACUAAAUUUUAUCAUUCCAUUGUUUCUAUUCGUUUAGUUUUAUCGUUUGCGGUUGUGACUAUCGUUGGAAAUGUUUAUAUGUAUUACCAAUAAAUUUUAAGAUAUUAGUGGUAAUAAUAAUUAUCUGAAAAACUAAA